ACUACCGUACCAACCAGCCAAGCAACUAAUCAGCAUUGCAUAAUUUCAGCGUGCUACUUUGCUUCCUGUCUCCGUUCCUUCAUUCCGAUCGCGAAAUCUUUGGGUUCAAGGGACGAGUCACGCAGGGACGUAAACCUCAAGGCAGCCAUGGGGAAACAGAACAGUAAGCUGAAGCCGGAGGCUCUGGCAGACUUGAGAGAACAGACGGAGUUUAAUGAGAUUGAGCUGCAGGAGUGGUACAAGGGGUUUCUGAAGGACUGCCCUGACGGUACCCUCACUGUCGAUGAAUUCAAGAAAAUCUAUGGGAACUUCUUCCCGUACGGAGAUGCCUCCAAGUUCUCGGAGCACGUCUUCCGUACGUUUGACGCUAACGGAGACGGUAGGAUAGACUUUCGGGAGUUCAUCUGUGCGCUGAGUGUGACGUCAAGAGGGACGCUGGAGCAGAAGCUGAAGUGGGCCUUCAGUAUGUACGACCUGGAUGGGAAUGGCUACAUCUCCAAAGACGAGAUGUUGGAAAUAGUUCGGGCGAUCUACAAGAUGGUAGGCAAUGUCGUGAAGAUGCCGGAAGACGAGUCCACUCCCGAGAAGCGGGUAGACAAGAUCUUCCGCCAGAUGGACAAAAACACGGACGGAAAACUCUCUCUAGCGGAGUUCACUGAAGGCGCUCAGAGCGACCCCUCAAUCGUGAGGCUUCUGCAGUGUGACCCCAGUGGCGGUGGCAAGUGAUCUGAUGGUGGUUUACCUCAUUUGGAUACCACUUACUGUGGCCAAGAAAUAUGUUGAUUGUUCACCCCCAUUUUGUAUAAGUAGAAUAGUUCAUAUAUACCAAUCACAAGUAAUGACAGAGAUGCUGAUGCUUUCAUUCAAUGACUUUACUACUAGUGGCAACGAUCUGCUGACGUUUCAGGAAUACAGUAGAGGAGAAACAAGGGAAACUUUCAAAUUACAUCCACUGAUUUGGCACAUAGCAGAAAUAAACAGCAUGAGUCCAUCCCAGACUUCAAACCAACCUUACAACCAAACAUAACUCCAAUUCCUUAGUUUUUUCAAGACAUUGUUAAGAUCAGUACAUUCACUAAACCAGCUGUACCAGUGAAAACAGAAAUCGCGUUUCAUGGUUUUAUGUCAUGUUUCACAUCUUGUUGUAAUUACGGCCUGCCCCUGAGGCGUCGCCAAAAAUGUAUCUUGUGAAAAGAGCUGCAUUGUGAUUUCAAUGACAUUAUCAUUGCAAACCAUCUCAUACAUUUGACUUUUAACUUGUGUUAGAACAAAGAGAAGACUGCUCUGCAGUAUUCAUUGUUAAGAAAACGAGGGCACCAAUUGCACUUUUGACAAGGAGGGUAGAUACAAAAAAGUUGUGUGGCUUUAGUAGCAUGAAUGAGUAGACUUUUUUCCAAGUGACUCUUAGAUAACUGUUUCUAAUAAAGAAAAAAUUGUUUGGCUUGUUCUGAAGAAGUUACAAAAUCGUGCUGAUAGUUUUUGUCCACUGGAAUUUCAAAGAUUGUAGUUGUUGCUGUGACAAAGCCGAAGUGUAUAUUGUACAUUCCAUAAGGCACUUAAAGCAACAUAUAAUUUGAGAAUACAGUUUAACACAUCACAGAGUUGGUUUAGUACUAAGUAGUGCCAGUAAUAUAAAGUUUUACAAGAUUGUCAACAGA